CUGGCAGUGCGCGGGUGCGGGCGCGGCGGCCAGCAGGCCCGGCUAUUAAUAACGCGCCCGCCGAGCCCGGGUCGCGCAGCCAUGGCCACCCCGGAGACCGGGAGCAGCGGGGACGGCAGUGCCCAGGCCUCGAGGGAAAUAACAGAAGAUACUUCUCAAGAGAAUUCUGAAUCCCUGAGUAAGACUGAGCCCUUGCACCCAGAAGUUACUCUAUCUGUGGAGGGAACUGUGAACCUAGAAGAUAUUCUCUACCUUGGGGAUACAGAUGACUUUGAAGAGAUACUUUAUAUGGAAGAGACUGAGAAGCCAGAGGAGUUAUUGUAUAUUGAGGAGACUGGGCAGCCUGAGGAAACACUGUCUGUGGAAGAGCCUGUGAAUCCAGGGGAGUCACAGUCUGAGACUGUGAAGCCACAUGUGGAUGCAACAAAGAGCCCGUGUCCAGAGCAGAUUGUGUGUGAGGGAGAGAUGGUUGCAAGGGAGGAAAAAUCCAACCCUGAGGAGAGUCUCAAAACUGAGCCGAGUCCCAGCACAGAGGAGAACCUGAGUAUGGAGGACCUGGAACUGCUAGAGGGCCGUUUCCAGCAGUGUGUGCAAGCAGUGGCCCAGCUGGAAGAGGAGCGGGAUCAGCUCAUCCAUGAGCUGGUGCUGCUCCGAGAACCAGCCCUGCAGGAAGUGCAGCAAGUCCACCAGGACAUCCUGGCUGCUUACAAGCUGCAUGCACAGGCAGAGCUGGAGAGAGAUGGGCUGCGGGAGGAGAUCAGGCUGGUCAAGCAGAAGCUGUUCAAGGUGACCAAGGAAUGUGUGGCCUGCCAGUACCAGUUGGAGUGCCGCCAGCAGGACGUGGCUCAGUUCGCUGAUUUCCGGGAAGUGCUGACCACAAAGGCAGCCCAGCUAUCUGAGGAACUGGCCCAACUCCGGGAUGCCUACCAGAAGCAGAAGGAACAGCUGAGGCAACAACUAGAAGCACCCCCAAGCCAGAGGGAUGGGCACUUUCUGCAGGAGAGCCGGCAGUUAUCUGCCCAGUUUGAACAUCUCAUGGCAGAGAGCCGCCAGGGUCUCGAGGCGGAAUAUGAACCUCAGCUACUGCGGCUCCUUGAGAGGAAAGAAGCAGGGACCAAAGCUCUGCAGAAAACUCAGGCUGAGAUCCAGGAGAUGAAGGAGGCUCUGAGACCCCUACAAGCAGAGGUCCGACAGCUGCACCUGCAAAGGAGGAACCUGGAGGACCAGAUCACACUUGUGAGGCAAAAAAGAGAUGAAGAGGUGCAACAGUACAGGGAACAGCAGGAAGAAAUGGAAGAACGAAAGAGACAGUUACGAAGUGGGGUGCAACUCCAGCAACAGAAGAACAAAGACAUGGAGCAGCUAAGGAUCAGUCUUGCAGAAGAGCUCUCAACAUAUAAGGCUAUGCUUCCCAAAAACCUGGAGCAGGCUGAUGCUCCCACGUCUCAGGCGGGUGAAAUGGAGAAACAGUCUCAAGGUGAUCUUUGUGGGGGCUGUUUAGAAAUGUAUGGCCAAAUUUGCAACACAGAAACUACCAAAAAAACUUCCUAGUAAAGAAUUCAUUACCAAGUACACUUUGGACUUUUACCAAACCAACAAGGAAUGCCAGAACCUGGCAAGCAAUUCACCUUUUGAACACUGCAAAUACUGGCUAAAGUGAUUCUGUCGUUGGCUUUUUGGAAAAACAUCACCCAAUUUUUCUGAGCUGGAUUCUAUUUCACAGGCCACUGGUACGGACCUGAAUGCACUGAGGAAUGGAAAAAAGUGCCUAUCUUCCAGCAGCAACCCUCACAUGCAGGCUAAGUAGAGCAUGAAUGUAUGGACACAUCUUGCAGUAUUGUGAAGAAUGUAUCUUGCCUUUGUUGGCCCAAACCAAAAACAUUUUGGGGGACAAAAAGACAGCCAACCUUUCUUAUGUGGGUUUACAAUUUGAAUUCUUUUGUGCCAUGAGUGUUACAUUUUAAAUGAAUCCUCCAACAAAGUUUA